GCUGGGCAACGGUCGCCGGCGGGCGAUGGCGCUUCCCUGGGCAGGCCCGCUCGCUGCGGCGGGACGCUCCUGCGAGUCGGGCUCCGGCAAGUGGGGAUGCCUGCUUGGUCACCGUCUUUUCAUACGCCGUGCGAGCGCCGUGGUGUAGGAAGUACUUACUACCUGCAUCAUACAGUAUCUUCCUCACUCACUGUUUUGUAUUAUACAUAUUUUUCUCUCUAAAUAGAUAUGCUCUUGCUGUCGUUUUAAAGGGUGUUGACUCUUCAUAGACUUUUGCAGAAGAACAAGUAAGCAAGGAGGCUUCUACCUUCUUCAGUGCAGUGUACUGUCACAUAGAUUCAACCAUGCCUGCAGAUGGAAAAAGCGAUAUGGAGAGGAUUGGCCUCUUCAGUGAAAUGGGUUAUAUUACCAUUGGAGACAGAUAUGUAUCACACUAUAUGCGCCCUUUUAAUGAAGCUGCAAGCAAGAACAGACAGAUGUUACCUGGGGGGACCAAAACAUUGUCAGCUCUUCAGGCAGGAUAUUUUGAGCCUCAGUUUGUGAGGAUUUUCGAUGGUGAAGCCUACUCAAAUCCUGUUCAGCUAAGGAGGCGCUAUAGAUUGGCAGAAUCAAAGAAAAAUUUGGGCAGAGCUUUCCUUCCCACUAAUGGAGACAAAUUGCCAUGCGGACUGGGCAGCUAUUAUGGAACCAUAGGAGGUCCAUAUGCAUACUUUAGUGCACAACUGAAAGCCAAAGAAAAAUACACUUCUCCUGGAAAGAAUUUUUAUACUAAUCCAGGAAAAAAAGGAACUGGAUAUGGAUAUGCAAAUGUUACCAUAGGUGAACAAUAUCCACAUGCACCUGAAGUGUAUGAAGCAGAAAGAAUAGAGGCAAAGAAAGCACAAGAGGAACAUCGGCGUUUGGUUAAAGGAGGGCCUUUCAAGUUAAAUCUCUAUCCCCAGGAGUAUUUUGACAUGAAUCCUUAUUUUAAUAACCAACCUUUGUCACCAAUGAAGCAACUCCAGGAAACUCCAGGAAAGAAAAUUGGACCACCUUUUAAACCAAGUUCUCCUGCUAAAAAGCCAGGGGGCAUGAAAGGAGGUACAUUUGAUCCUUAUCCAAGCCAUUCUGCUGACCCUUAUGUAAUUAAAAAAUCUAUGGCAGUCACAACUAAUAAACGGGGACAGAUUUUUCAUCCUCCUGCUGGACCAAAAAGCAGACCUAUUGCAAGCAUAAUGACUUUAAAUGUCACAAGAUCAUUAAAUGUAAUGAAUUACAAGACUGCAUGCUUGACAUCAUAUUAGGUAAAAACAUAUUAGGUGAAAUAAAGUGUAUACUCUUUAGACUCUGAACUCUUAAUAUGGUUGCUAGGCAGAACUCUUAAUAUGGUUGCUAGGCAAUGUUUGAAGCAAAUAAAAAUUGGAAAAGUGAAAUUAAGACAUAUAGGGCAAUCCAAUCUGUUUAAUUAUU